AUGGGUUUCUUUUAUAGCGGUUUUCAUAAACCCAACAAGAAAAACAUGAAUGAUAAAAGAGCAAAAAUAAUUUAUGUGCUUGGUUUAUUUUUAUUACCAUCUUUGGUAUCAUAUAUAGGAAGUAAUUAUUAUAUAUUGAAUUUUUUUAUUGACACAUUUAAGCCAAUAGAAGUACCAAGAGAAUCCAACUUUCAAAUUAUAAAAAAUAUUUACCAUAAUAAAAAACCCCCUUCCAAAAGUUCUGACUAUGAUGAUAAUACAAAUAUAUGA